CAUGGCUUGCCAUACUCAGCCUGCAUUAAAACAAGGUGGCACUAUAGCUGAACAUCCAGUGCACCGACCGCGCAUGCCUCUUCCUUGCACUGACCGGACUCGACGGUGCCAAUUAUUUUCCUCCCCUCCAUCAUCAUCAUCAUCAUCAUCCCUCUCUCUUUCUCAGGAGAAGAUGCUCGGCUCAGGCACACCUGCUUUUCACCUCUCGGCUUAGGCUUAAGCGUUGUUCCUCUCGAUUUUCCGCCGACCUUCUCUGCGGUAUUCAGACAGAGCUGCCUCAGUCAGAGAAGCACUGCCUCAAACAGAGCUGGCUGUGUCGGCGGUCGAUUCUCCUCUUUAUUUUCCUCUCCCUCCUCCCUGCUCUCGGUGAGGGCUGCCGGGGAUGGAAGCCCGCGCUGGUCGCCUCUUCAUGGACUCGCUCUUGACGGCUAUUCUCUUUCGCGCUGUAUCUCAGAGGUGCUGACUGGAAAAACAUGCCGUUGAAAUGGAAAAGCGGUUCGCCCGUCAGCUGGAAAUUUCCCGUGCCCGUCCUUAAAACGUCCAGGUCCUCUCCACUCUCGCCAGCAUACAUCCACCGGCACUCGUUUGUGGUGUGGACCACCCACUCUCUGCUUGCUGCAUCUCCAACCUAUCACCUGACAGGAUCACUGGUGGAAGAUGAUGAUGCUCAGAUGAUGAAGGUGUCGCUGGGAUGCAGUGAAAUGGGGCUUUCCUCCCACUUGCAGGCCUCAAAACCAGGAAACACGCGCUUCUUUACCAGCAACACACACAGCUCUGUGGUCUUACAGGGUUUUGACCAGUUGAGGAUAGAGGGCCUGCUGUGUGAUGUCACGUUGGUGGCGGGAGAUGGGGAUGAGGCGUUUCCUGUUCACCGAGCCAUGAUGGCCUCCUCCAGCGACUACUUUAAAGCCAUGUUUACAGGUGGAAUGAAAGAGCAGGAUUUGAUGUGUAUAAAGCUGCAUGGCGUGAAUCGAAUAGGGCUAAAGAAGAUUAUAGACUUCAUUUACACCGCCAAACUCUCUCUCAACAUGGAGAACCUACAGGACACCCUAGAGGCUGCUAGCUUUCUCCAGAUCCUGCCUGUCCUUGACUUCUGCAAAGUCUUUCUCAUUUCUGGGGUGUCGCUGGACAACUGCGUGGAGGUGGGGCGCAUCGCCAACACCUACAACCUCACAGAGGUGGACAAAUACGUCAACAACUUUAUCCUGAAGAAUUUCCCCUCGCUACUCGGCACCGGCGAGUUUGUCAAACUUCCAUUUGAACGUCUAGCGUUUGUGCUUUCCUCCAACAGUCUAAAACACUGCAGUGAGCUGGACCUGUUCAAAUCUGCGUGCCGCUGGUUACGCUUUGAAGAAGGCCGCAUGGAAUAUGCCGCCAAGCUAAUGCGCAAUAUUCGAUUCCCCCUCAUGAGUCCAACAGAACUCAUAAACCACGUACAGACUGUCGACUUCAUGCGUACGGACAAUACCUGUGUUAAUCUUUUAUUAGAAGCCAGCAACUACCAGAUGAUGCCAUACAUGCAGCCGGUGAUGCAGUCAGAACGAACUGUGAUCCGUUCAGACAAUACCCAUUUAGUGACGCUAGGGGGUGUGCUACGGCAACAGCUGGUUGUAAGUAAAGAGUUGCGACUUUUCGACGAGAAAGCACAUGAAUGGAAGGCGCUGGCACCCAUGGACGCCCCGCGUUACCAGCACGGGAUCGCAGUGAUCGGGAACUUUUUGUAUGUAGUCGGGGGACAGAGUAACUAUGACACAAAAGGAAAAACAGCUGUGGACACCGUGUUUCGAUACGACCCGAGAUAUAACAAGUGGAUUCAGGUUGCGUGUCUGAAUGAGAAGAGGACCUUCUUUCAUCUGAGCGCUCUCAAAGGACAUCUAUAUGCGGUGGGCGGGAGAAACGCUGCAGGAGAGCUGGCAACUGUGGAGUGUUAUAACCCCAGAACAAAUGAAUGGUCGUAUGUGGCCAAAAUGAACGAGCCGCAUUAUGGACACGCAGGCACUGUUUACGGAGGAUACAUGUAUAUUUCAGGUGGAAUAACCCAUGACACCUUCCAGAAGGAGCUCAUGUGCUUCGACCCGGACGCUGAUAAGUGGACUCAGAAGGCUCCAAUGACGACGGUCCGUGGCCUGCACUGCAUGUGCACAGUGGGCGACCGCCUCUACGUCAUUGGUGGAAACCACUUCCGGGGCACAAGCGACUACGAUGACGUGCUGAGCUGUGAGUACUACAGUCCCGCCUUGGACCUGUGGACACCGAUCGCCGCUAUGCUCCGCGGACAGAGCGACGUGGGCGUGGCCGUGUUUGAGAACAAGAUCUACGUAGUGGGCGGCUACUCCUGGAACAAUCGCUGCAUGGUGGAGAUCGUCCAGAAAUACGACCCCGAGAAGGACGAAUGGCACAAAGUGUUCGACUUGCCCGAGUCCCUGGGUGGCAUCAGAGCCUGCACUCUGACCGUGUUUCCGCCCGAGGACCUCUCACUCGGCGGCUCACCAAGCCGCGAGUCUCCUCUGUCGGCUCCUUGAGAAUGGACGGAGGGAGAGUGAGAGAGACAGGAAUAAACCGGACACAGACAUAUACAGAUGGAUGAAUAGAUGCAGAUGCAGUCUCUCUCGUUCUCUCUCUCUCUCUGUCCCCACAGGAAAAAGACAAUGUUUGCACUCCCCACUGAUAUACGUUUCAAUGGUGUCUGUGGUGAAACCCCAUCCCUUCCCUCAAACGAUUCCACUUCUCUUCCUCAUCCCUCUGCAAAUGUUGAAAAGUCCUUCCACCCCCUCUCGAUGAGAAAGAAAAAUGGAAGCACUCACAGGGUUGGGUGUAACUACAUAUUGACAUUGCAUUUGGGGGGUUUGUUUCAUCUCUUUUGGCAGGAAUAACCUAGACUUGAACAACAAGUGACUUUGCAAUUCAACUUUUCUACCUGAGUCUCCAGAGUUUUGCUAUGAAGACUAUGAAGUUUCCCUGAUCCCACCUACUCUGAGGUCGCCUGCCCCCUCACUGUUCACUCUCUCUUUCCAUUAUGCCUGCUCAUUUUUCCCGUUUCUGUCCGCUCUCACCUCUUGCCCAGUUUUUUUACCCUCAUUCUCUUGUCUCUCUCAGGGGGUUAGUUGACCUUUGACCACAGGAUGAGGAAACGGUUUUAAACUCAGGGGUUGGCCUGCCCCCAUCCCUCCCUGCCUAACUGAUAUUUCAUUUCUCUACUCCUGCUGUUGUUAUGAACCAUUAACAGAAUUGUGUUUUCUAAAUUUAUUAAACAAAAUUUUGAGGCAAAAA